CUGACGUCUGGCCCUAAUACGGGGGAUAAGUUGGAAAAUGAUCCAAGCAAAAGAAAAGCUAGAACGUCGGCGAAAGUAUUUCCUACUUAACUACGUUCAAGUUCUCGGUCUGUGAACUUUCCUUAAUUAGACCUUGACAUGCUAUCAUUGGUAAACUAUCAUAAGUGGUUUCUAGAUAUCUAAAAUUUGACAGUUCCAUUAGCGAGAGCGCAACCAAGUUUCAAGCUACGAUCAAGUCUAUGCAUCAGUCCUAUGUUCUGCUCAUUGCGUUUACUUCCCUUGCUCUCGCUCAGACUCGGUCAUCCAAGCGUGGGUUGGUAUUUAUUACAGAGCUUGACAACUCGGCGGAUGAUAAAGUAUGGGUACAGUCGGGGUCUGAUUUGACUUGGUACUACAAUUACAAGUCAGAGCCAUCAUCCGCCUUUGAUGAUAUACCCCAAGACCGGUUCGAAUUCGUCCCCAUGCUUUGGGGUGCUAUCGACGACACCUCCUUUCUCGAGUCUGUCCAGAGCCAGAUUGACUCCGGCCGUAACAUCACGCACGUCCUCAGUUUUAACGAACCUGAUGCCCAAUAUAGUGGUGGUAGUAAUAUCGAGCCCUCAAAGGCUGCGGACGUAUGGAUAAAGAAUAUAGAGCCUCUCGCUGAUAAGGGGGUGAAACUGGGGUUGCCGGCCUGCACUGGAGGCUGGGGAGGGAUACCGUGGCUCGAACAGUUCCUCGGUAAUUGCUCUGAACUGAUUAGCACCGAAAAUCAUAAAAAGAACUGUACAUACGAUUUCGUGACGAUACAUUGGUAUGGGAACUUUGAAGGGCUGGCAAGUCAUAUGGGUUCGUAUGCUGCUGCGUUUCCAAACAUAACUCAAUGGAUUACCGAAUAUAAUUUCGACAAUCAAGACCUCGCCACGACCCAAACGUUCUACAACACAUCCUCCGAGUAUUUCGACCGUAUGGAUUCCGUCGGUCGUUACAGUUUGUUUGGCUCUUUCCGGUCAAGUGAUAGCAACGUCGGUCCUAAUGCCGCCAUGUUAAACAACGACGGGCAGCUAACAGAUAUCGGCUCGUGGUAUCUGGGUAUGAGUGGCACGCACAUCGACCCCCAGUCGGGAGCAGGGAGAACGCGUGCAACCGUAGCAAGUGCUGCGGCUCUUAUAUUAGCUGGCGGUAUUUCAUUUAUGCUGUAACACCGGAACUUUCUUUUGGUAGGCUUCAGGACGUUCUAGAAAUUGAGGAGAGUAUAGGUACAGGGGAGGUUUCUUAUUUUCUUAGGUACCUCAUAUGUGUGCUUUAGAUGAUGCAAUUUCAUAUCAGGAAAUGCCUCUCGACUCGAGGAUUAAUUGGCCACAAUUUUGUAAUUAAGAAAGUUAUAAGCCUGUGAGCUAGGCUUCUAUUUUUUGUCGGGGCUCAUCAAUGUUAUAAGACUUA